AUGUCUGGCUACGAAGUCGAACACAACAUCUCCACUGAAGACGACAAGUCGCGGCAACCCUCACGCCGACCAGACCUCUCGACCUUUUUCUCGCAGCUCGAACUCGUGGACACGUCGGAUCCCCGCGCGCAUACAAAUGCCAAUGCUGUACCGCAGCCUGAGAACAUGGCGGCGGCAUUUCGCUUGCUUGCCAACGCCUUCGAGACCAUGCGCGGACGACCGGCGGACGAGAACAACGAACAUGGGGAUUUGUUGGCAAACAUGAUCGAGGUGCUCCGCGAGAAUGCUGACGAUCCACCCACAGAACUGAAAGGCGUGCCUGACAGCUUCUUGGAUGAAUUGGAGCGGGUACCGAAGAAAGACUUGAAGCCCUCUGAUAUGUGCCCAAUCUGUGUGAACCCAUUCCUCGAGGACAAAUAUCCCCUCGUAGUCCAGCUGCCCUGCCACGAUGAUCAUCGUUUCGAUCUGGACUGCAUAGGACCGUGGCUUAAGCUGAACUCAACAUGCCCUUUGGAUCGCAAAGAACUUUUGAAGAAGAAGCAGCCGCCACUACCACCACCUGCGGACGAUGACGAAGAAGAUUAUGACGAUAUGUACGCCUGA